AUGCAACUCCUCAAGACUCUCUUGGUCGUCAGUGCCGCCGUCGCCCCGGCCCUGGCCGCUGUCGCAAACGGUGGAGCUGGUGAAACCGAAUCGCUCACCUCAACCCGCACCACAACCAACACCGUCACUGUGCAUCCCUCCACCACCUCAACUCCCACUCCCACCUUCACCCCAACCAGCACCCCUCUCAUCAAGGAUGCCGCUGCCACGCCCGACUGCAGCACUUUCGUCAGCGAGGCGGUUUACUCCUCCACCGUUGCGGUGCCAUCUUCGUCGAUCCCAGUCAUUCCCAGCGCUGCCUCUAGCUCUGCGUCUGCCUCUGCAUCUGGAACCGCAACCAUUUCCGCUUCUCCUUCCCCAUUCACUGGUGCUGCUGUUCCCGGCGCGAAGCUUCCAAAUGCCGGUAUCGUCGGUGCUGGUUUGGCUGCUAUGGCUUUGAUGCUCUAA